GGCAGAGAGCAUCAUAUAUUUAUGGAAUCAAAAUUCGAAUUGCAUGAAAAAUAUGGCAUCACAAAAGAACAUGGGAAGCAGGCUUUCGUACUUGUUCGACCUGAUUUGUAUGUUGCUAGCGCAGUAUAUGAAGAUGAUGUUGAUCAUCUAAAGGACUUUUUGGAAGGAUAUUUGAAAGGAUAA